AUGAAGCUCCUCAUCGCCGCCUUAUUCACCACUCUAGCCUCCGCCAGAACCCUCCACGCCCGCAACAGCACCGUCGGCCAACAGAUCCUCGACACCGCGCUGACUGCCUCGGGAGUCCCAUACGCCUGGGGCGGCGGCGACUGCGCCGGCCCGACGGGCGACCAGCCCCCCUACGACUACGGCGACGUCGGAUACGACUGCUCGGGUCUGGUGUGCUGGGCGGUCUGCCAGGUGACGGGCCGCGAUCUCUUCACCGAGGGGCUUCGCGUGACGUCGAGCAUGUAUUGUGCGGAUGAAGCCACCCUAGGAUACAAGAAAUACCCCUACGAGGAGCGCCAGGCGGGCGAUGCUGUCUUCUUUGGUGGCGAGUGUAGCUGCGCGGAUAGCUCGAGUAUUCACCAUGUUGGACUGAUGAUGGACUCGGGCGAUCGUAUGUGGAAUGCUCCCAACGACCGCGUCAACGCUGUGCAGGAGAAUAGUAUCGAGGGAUUUGGAGAGACCCCCUGUCCCUAUGUCAUUCGGUUUACUUAG